AUGAGUCGAUACAAACCAUUACUUUUUGCUUUUCAGGCAAUAACUUUUUGUUCUUUUGUUGUAUGUGAACGUAAGUUGAAAUUUCACUUUACUAUAUUAUUUCUUUUACUUUAUUAUAUCAUUUAUUUUAUUGAAAAAUUUUACUUUACUACAUAUUGUAACUGCUAGCUAAUAAAAAUGCAAAAAUCCUCGGAACCACUGCUGUUUUUUGGGGGAAUAAAGUAGUAAAACGAGUAAUUGUGAAAAGAGUGACCAUGAAGGGCGACGAAGGAAGUACGCUUAUGUGACAAUUCGAGACCUUAAUUCGAGAGUACAGGAAUGUGGGAUGGGAAAGGAGAUUAGGCCAAAUUUGGGCUUGUUUUAGCAUCGCAUGGAGGUUAUCUGAUAGUUUUAGCAGUUCUUGCAUAUGGGUUAUUUGAUAAGGGCAGACAAUUUAUGAUAUAGAGCAGGGACGUCGCUACGGUUUUUCUCUGGGGGGGGGGAGGUCGAAAAAAUUUUUUUGGUCCACAGAUAGCUCUACCUGUGGACUGAUUUUUCAAAAAUUUUUUUUUUCGUUUUUCCGCGUACAGCUACACCUACCUGUGGAUUUUUUUUUCGGAUCGGCUCUGGGGGGGGGGAGUCACCCCCGAACCACCCCCCCCAAACGACGUCCCUGAUAUAGAGAGUUAUUUUAGGGUGAUAUAGGGAUCAGGUCAUUUUAUCAUGGUUUUUAUAAAAAGAGUUAAAGAUUGAUAGCAUCAUAGGGUACAGAAAUCUAUAGAGUACAAAACGUAUUUUUAAAUUAAAAAAAAGAGUUCAAAAAAGGCAUUGAACAGCUUAAAAAUGGCAAAAAACAUCGAAAAAAUUGCCAAAUUUUAAUAAAAUUCAAAAAAACAAGCCUCUACAACAAAACCUACUUCGAAACCCAAAAUUAAAAUUUUUCAGCAUCUACAGAAUGUUUUGAUCAACAAUACACCAACCAUAUCGCAGACUUCCGCGCCCUACACACGAUACAAAGGAUAGCAGUAGUAGCCCCACUCAGUGCCUUCUAUGUUCAUACAGAGUUAACAGAUGGUGUAGAACAGGUAGUGCGACGAGAGAAUGGUGAACCAUUGAUUGUUUAUUCAUCAAUCUCGUCAGCUAGUAUCGAUUGGCAAUCGCUGAAUGUGAUGGCGAGGGCGGUGAGAGUUGUUCCGGUGUUUGACGACAAGGAUAAUAUAUCUCCUGUUAUCAUUGUUACUGCGUGCCCUUAUCGUAAGUGAACUUUUGUUUGAUGUCAAAAAAUGAAGUUCUAAGCCUAUUUUUAUGUAAGGCCUAAAAAUUUUUAUUAAUUUCGCUCCGAACUUUAAAAGGCAUGAACGCAGUCUGGGAACGAGUUUUGCAGGCUGCGCACUAGCUUUUUUAUUUUACUUCACAGUAUUUUACAGAAGUUUAACUAAUUAAUGUCCAAAAUUACUUAAAGGAGUAUUUUACAUUAUUUUUGUCAAUAAAUAACGUAAAAUUUCUUCGGAUUUAAAAAAAAUUGAAGUUUUUACGAAAUUCAGAUACCAGACCAGUAUACCUCGAUGCCCAACCAUUCGCCGUUGAUGCCUACCGAGUCGGACUUGUGUCAAUGUAUGAAAAUGAAUUGUCAGUAAUAUUUCGAACGUUUGAAGAUGGUAUUUUCUUCUUUUCUAUGGCAGAUCAAGGCGAUAUGUUGGUGGCACAGUUGGUUUCAGGCCGUGUGGAGUGUUUAUUUGACUUUGGAUCAUUGUCACGGUAAGGUUUGGGGCUUCUGAAGACUUUUUUAUAUAAAAAAUGUAAGAGUAUAUUGUAAUGCGUUUUUUUAGAAGUUAUACAAUGUAAAAAAUAUUGGUUUUUAUACCUAAAUUACCAAGUUUUCUUGAUUUAAACUUCAAAAAUGUUACCUAAAAUUAGAAUUUUAACGAUUUCAAAACUUUUCAGAGCCUCGAUAACUGGAGGAAGAGCUCUAAACGAUGGUGAAUGGCACGAACUUCGUUGGACACAUCAAUUUGAUUCCGUUCAGUUAUUUAUCGACGGAGUUUUGGUCAAUUCCACAGUGCCGUCAGGUUUAUAUCGAAAAUUGGACUUCAACUUUCAAGUGGAAGUUGGAGGAAGGCCUGAAGAUCAAUAUUCAGCUGAAAUCGAGACUAGCUUUCAUGGGUGCUUGGCUAAGGUAAUAUUUAAAAACAUUUUUAUUGUUUGUUGAUCAAAAGUCUUUAAGAAAUGUGUAAAAUGUUUAAAAAAACUAAAAAGAUAUAUUCCCACUAUGUAUAAUAUGGUAAAUAUAAAAAUUAAAAUUUUAGGUAAUGUUAAACAACGUUGAUCUUCUCGCAAUGGCCCCAAAGACGGCUCGCGACUGUCUGAUGCCCAAACCUCAGAUAUUGUCCAUCAGAUCAGGGUCAGUGCAGAUCCCAUACUCUUUUCUGCCAUUUGCUCUUGAAUUUCGAAUUUUGGCUGGACCAACAGCACUACUUUCAAUUCUUGACUCGAUGAAUGGUACUUUAUUGGAACUGAGGGUAGACGAACAUAGACAUCUGAUUCUGGAAGCUGAUUCUAAACAAGUCAAACAGCUUUCUACUCCUGGUAAGUAUAAUCUUCAACAUUAAUAUAGACUUAUAUAGGUUAUUUAAAUUAUUUAGUUUAGUACUAUUGGUUAUAGCAUAACAUUAUAACCUCAUACCAUACAAUAUACACUGUCUUUUAGCCGUAGACGUAACCGACGGAAGUUGGCACGCCUUAUCAGUAAAGCUCCGUGGAGGUCGUCUUGAUGUUGAUGUAGAUGGCUACACCGUUCUUUGGCUUGAAGGCUCCUUAGUACGCAAGAUUGGUCUUAAGAUGACAUCAUUCAGAAUCUCAGCGGCUGGAUGUUUCAGAUCAGCUACUGUUGAUUUGAAGAGUGCAGCGAUUGUCAUGGGUGAUAUUAUCCGAGAUACCUGUGGUUACACUGACAAAUGCCUUCCGAAUCCAUGUGAAAACAAUGGCAAAUGUUUGCAGGUUGAUUUGGACAAGUUCAAGUGUGAAUGCACACCACAAUAUACUGGCACAUACUGUCAUACUUGUGAGUUUUGAGAUGGUUUGGGCGGGGUUUUUUGGAAAUUUUGGGUUUUUUGAUGAAAUUUUCAAUUUAAAACUUACAGCUCUUCUUCCUCGAUCAUGUGAGGACCACUACUUCCGUCGAAAAGCCGUUUCUUCCGGCUUUCCGAGCCUCUUUGGCAAGCCUAGACCACAUUAUUCAGGUCCCAUCGUCAAUAUUACUAUAGAUCUUGACGGUGGAGGCCCUCUCAAACCCCUAAGGGUCCUAUGUUCUCAUUUCAACGACCAUUCUCAAUCAGAAUCCACUGUUCUUGAACAUAAUGUUAUUCAAGGCGUCUAUGUUACCGGGCCAACUGAGCCUGGAGCUAUUCGUCGCAGCUUGGACUAUGGCGUUGAUGGAGAAGAACUUGAUCGGUUCAUCGAUGGAUUUGAUAGUUGUAAACAGUUUAUGAGGUUUGAGUGUCAAGGUGGAGCUAAAUUAAUGUCGUAUGGGCAAGAACGACGACCUUCAACGUGGUAUGCGACCAGGAACGGUCAGCACGGUCUUCAAUGGGCUGAUGCGCCACCGUUCUCCCGAAUGUGCUCGUGUGCUUUGAAUUCAACAUGUAGUCAUAAUAAGAUGUGCAAUUGUGACAGUGGAAGGGAUGGUAUAGAUGAGGGGUAUAAUACUCAUUCACAGUUGUUACCUAUAAUGCAGUUAUAUGUUGGUGGAACUCAACAGUCUAGCUCGGUUAACAUCAGUGUUGGGCCGUUGAGGUGUCAGAGGAGACGUGAGUUUGUUUUGGAGCUUUUUCAGUAUUUGUGACAUAAUUUUUAAAGGUUUUUUGAUUUUAAAACAAGUAUAAUAUAAUUUUUCUAACCUUUGUUACCUAAAAAUUCGCUUUCAGAAGUUUACGAGACUGUAACCUUUAUCGACCGGAAUCAAAACGUCGUAGGCACACAGUCCUUUGGUCUAGCGACCGUAUUUGAUAUAUACCUUCAAGUCCGCUUCUCCCACUCUCAAAUGACAAUAUUUACCUGGGAAUCUGCCAAUGGAGAACGAUGGUAUCAGCUGUUCGUGAGGGAUGGUAAAGUAGUGGGGCAGAUAGUAAAUGCAGGUCGAUCUCAUGAGAUUGUUAGUGAUAUAAGCAUUAAUGACAACGAAUGGCACACGAUAUAUUGGGAGGCUGAUCCUCAGACAACCAAGUUGGUGGUGGAUAGGAAUGAGAAGACGAUAUCAGCCUUCUUCAUACUUCCUGAUACCUUUACGUUUAUAUUGGGAAGCAGGACGGGCAGAGGCAAUGCUGGCUAUGCUGGUAGGUGUGGUAGGGUUUUGUGGUGUUGUAGUAGGUAUAUUGAGAUUUUGGGGGAAAAAGCGGUAGUAUGGCAGUAAAAAAAUUGAUGUUAUAAUAGAUGAAUCGAAGUUUUACGGCAAUAACUCAAUAUAAGUUAACUAAACAAGUUAUAUACUGUUAUAAAAUAUCACACUUUACUAUGUUUUUGUAGUAAAACUCUAAAGAACAAGAAAAAAUCUUACCAAUUACCUUAUUUUAGGCCAAAUCCGAGGCCUAUACCUAUGUGGAAAGGAGAUUCAUAUGGCUCAAUUGGUGAGGAAGCUGACUCCAAUGGGGGUUCAAAUCGGAGACACGGGUUACUGUAGAAUGAAUAGAUGUGCUAAUGGUGCAACAUGUGUCGAGUACUACGACAACUACAAAUGCAACUGCUCGUUGACACCUUUUAAUGGUGAACAUUGUGAUCAAGGUGGGUUUUGAUGGUGUUUUGGACGGUUGUAUUGAGGUAUAUAGAGAAGGAGUUUAGUUUGCAGUGUGGUACUAUGUAGUACGAUGUAACAAAGGUUUUAUUUUUAGGAUGAUUUGAAGAAAAAUUAUUAAAAAUGAUAUUGCUCUUGGUUAAUAUAGGCUAAACAAGAUUAAAAAAGCCGUAAAAAUGAAAAAAAAACGUGCUAAGGUAUAUAAAGCCUAUAAUAAUAUAUAGAAAGGUAAUAUAUAAUAAUCUUUCCAAUCUUUUCAGAAGUCGGAAUGUGGAUCCCCACAGGCUCUGAGCUACAAAUCCCAUGGCAACACCCAGCUCAGGUCGCCACAUGUUAUCGUAUUAACAUUCAAACUGCCAUAGCCAAUGUUUCUUUGAUGAGAGCGAGGGCAUUAUUCGCUGAAUCUUCAUUUAACAUGUCAAUCGAUGUCAAUGGGCAUCUGAAUGUGAGGAUAUUCGACGGAUUCUUCUACACCAAGAACAUCACUGAUAAGAAGGUGAUAAUAUCUGAUGACAAAACCAAAGACAUCGACUUUUGUGCUACACGACAGCACUUUAAUUUGUCUGUAAACUCGGAGCAAUUGUUUUCUUUGGAAGGCAACUUCACAUUCUUUAUCAAUCUGAAUCAGUGGAGACUGAUUGGCUCGAGUAGGUUUUGAUAUUGUUGUUGGUUCAGUUGCAAUGGUCUUUGGACAGUUUUUUAUAUUGUAAAGAGUUGUUAAUCAAAUCUUUUUUAUUUAUUUAAAAAUACGGCAGACAGUAUUUUCAAUGUUAUAUAUAAUAUAUGUGAUGUUAUUGUAGUAUAUAUAUUGAAUAUAUCGUUAUCUUUUUCAGACUUUACUGGCUGCAUAUCCAGGCUUCAAAUAGGUAACAGUUUUCCACUGAAAAACCCGAAUAAGUCUAGAAUGAAGUAUCAAGGCAAAAUCAAGUUUGGUUCAUGUCCAUUCGAUCCAUUGUAAGUUGAUAUAACAUAAUGAAAAAUUACUAUUUAUUAGGUUUUUUAGGUAACUAUUACGUGCUUUCUAACCACAAAAGUUUGGUUUGAGAGGGCACAGAAUUAUUUGAACAACUCAAUAUAUUGUUAUCUAAUUUAUGAUUACAUUUACUGGUAUUGUAUUACAAUAAUAGAAAAAUGGUUUUUCAGACAAUAUCAACCAGUCGAAGAAUUGGAAGAAAAACCCUCAGAAAUCCACAUAUCAUCUGUUAUCAAAAAUCAACAAAAACUGCUUAUUAUCACUCGUAAGUUAUUUUGUUUCAUUAUUAAAGAGGAAGCGUUUAGUGAUUGCACCGUGCAGUCGUUUUACAUAAAAUCAAUUUUUAAUUAAAAAAAAAUUUUAUUAAAACCUUGUAGCUAUUAACUUUGUAAGACUUGUCUAUAAGAUUUCUAUUUUCAGCAGCAAUCGGUAUAGUGACAGCACUGGUACUGGCUGGUUUACUAUGUUUGGUCAUUUGUUACAUUCGCUCUAAACCAGACGGUGUAUAUAAGACAAAUGAGAAUGUGGUACCAUACAGUACCAAGUCAGUGGAACCGUUGGUACAUGAACAUCCUUACUCUAAAGAGUAUUUCUGUUAG